AUGUAUUUAAAAAUAACGUCAACAUUACUAUUGCUUUUACUAUCUACUCAAGUUCCGAACGCAACCUCAGGCCGAGCUCAUGACAGCCAAGUUUUAACAUCGCCAAAUGAGUUAGAAAUCGUCCUUGGAGAGACGAAAUCAAUCGAGUUUACUAAUGCGUAAGUUCUAGCCCUAGCCCCGAGCCCUAGUCCAGAGCCCUAACCCGGAGCUCUAGCCCAGAGCCCUAGCCCAAAGCCCUAGCCCAGAGCCCUAGCCCAGAGCCCUAGCCCAGAGCCCUAGCCCAGAGCCCUAGCCCAGAGCCCUAACCCGGAGCUCUAGCCCAGAGCUCUAGCCCAAAACCCUAGCCCAGAGCCUUGGCUCAGAGCCCUAGCCUAUUCUCUUUCUUUGGCUUUGCCCUUGGCCCAGCUGGCCCUGGUUUUGACUGCAGACCUAAAGAUAGCCUUAAAACUGACUUCGCCGUCCUUGUCUUAGUUUUAUAUUUAUUCCUACCGUUUCUUUACCCAUGCCCUUGCCUUGUUUAUGCGCUACCUGUAAAUUACCUGCUCCACUAAAACAAUUUUUAGCUUUUUCUAGUCGUACUAGCCCAAAAUUAUCUUUGUUCUAGACUUACCUAGCCAACCCUAUACUUUUUCAAGCUUAAAGAACGCCGGAUAUAACGAAAUCCCCCAGCGAACGAUUUUUCAAUCCCCUUGCGAUUCGUUAUAUCGGGAGUUAGCACGCUUUAAAAUUUUUGUAAAAUACGAUCUUUCUGCUUUUGACAAUAAAAAUUUUAAAAAAUUUUAAAACCCAGUUGUACAUUCUUUCAAAUUUUAAAAAACCGUGUUUCAGCAACCCCAACCAAACGUCAUUGAAGCUGUACCUUCGAAAGACAAAGUACUUUUCAUUUUCAAACAACGUUCUCGAAUUUUCCGAAGAAAAACCAUCUGUUACUGUCAAUGUGACUGGACUAUCAGUGACAAGUCGAGAGUUUGUGGAUGUUGAGGAUUGCUAUGUUGAAGCUGAGAGAACGCAACAGUGCAAUUUUAGGUGGGUUUAUAUCAUUACAGAAACUUUUUUUCAUAGACUAGGAACGGGCUCAAUUUUGAGGCCUGGCCCGAUCCUCAUGUCUACUUUUUUAUAAUAGUUUUACAGUAACUUUUUUUUUAACAUUAGGUGCUUCAAAUAAAUCUGUGCCCCUAAAAUGUUCUUCAAAUAAUUCAGUGCCUUCUCAAAAAGUUAUUCAAAUAAUUCUGUGCCUUCUCAAAAAGUUAUUCAAAUAAUUCUGUGCUCCCUCGAAAAGGUUUUUCAAAUAAUUAUGUGCCCCCACAAAAGUCGUUAAAAAAAAUUCCGUGCCCCUUUCAAAAGGUUUUUCAAGUAAUUUUGCCCCCCCCAAAAUAUUGUCACAUAAUUCUGUGCUCCCCUCAAAAACUCGUUGAAAAAAUUCUGUGCCCCUAAAAAAAGUGUUCAAAUAAUUCUGUGCCUUUAUGCUUAAAAUUUUCAAUUUCUUUUAAUUUUGAAAUUUGAAAAAUAAAUUUUUUUUUAAAUUUCAAUUUUUCAGUACCGACUCCAUCUACGUUACAGUAACCGUGAUCCACAGCGAUAUCUACAAGAUAUUGAUCGAAAUCACCGGCUGGACCUACUUCAUCGCUUGGAGUUUGUCAUUCUACCCUCAGGCAAUUUUAAAUUUCCAAAGAAAAUCUGUGGUCGGCUUCAACUUUGACUACGGUCUUCUGAAUGUGAUCGGCUUCUUCUGUUACUCGGUUUACAAUUGUGCUCUUUACUUCGUUCCGUAUGUUCAGGAGCUGUAUAUUGAAAAGCAUGAACGUGGUGCUAUCCCAGUACUCAUGAAUGAUGUUGUGUUUGCUGUACAUGCCUUCUUUAUUACUGGUAUUACUGGGGUACAGUGCUUUUUUUAUACUGUAAGUUAAGUUAUUUUACUCAACAUUAUCGUACUGCACCCUACCGUACCCUAACCUACCCUACCCUACCUUACCCUACACUACUCUACCCUAUCUUACCGUACCCUUUCUAAGCCAUUCUUUACUGUACCCUACCGUACCCUGUCCUACUGUGUUCAGUCUACUUUAAUCCUAGAGUGGCCUUAAGUAUACUCUGUUCGUUAUUUCGUUACAGUACCCUUCUACAGUAUUACUUUAAUUUUAUUGCACGCCUAGUGUAGCCUUAAGCCUGCUCUAUCACACAAAUUCGAUUCCUAGUCUACCGUAACCUUUUUGCAUUCUUGAACCCUCUUUACUUUAUCAUGCACUACCGUACCUCAAGCUGCCCAACCCUAUAUUCUCCUACCUUAUCUUUGCCCUAUCCUAGCUUGCUCUACCCUACUCUGCCCUACCCUAACUUCAUUUUGUACCUAGGUCUUAUGCGACCGUACUGUACUACAGUAUCUACCCCGCCUUCAUACUUUAUAACCCAAUCAAGAUACCAUACUGUUUAAAAACUAUUAUUCCUAGCCAUACCCUAUUUUCAGCGAGGCAACCAACGCAUCUCCUACGUAUGUUGGGCGUGGUGUUCAGUAUUCGCUGUUGUAGCUUCAGGUUCUUUAGUAUUACAAGUGUUUGGCGUCUUCAAUUGGCUUCAAUUCAUUACAGCACUAUCGUAUAUCAAGCUGGCAGUAACCUGUAGUAAAUACAUUCCACCAGCCUUGUACAACUUCCAACGAAGAAGUACUGUAGGGUGGUCGAUUGGCACUAUACUACUGGACUUUAGUGGAGGGAUUUUGACUAUUCUGCAGAUGAUACUACAGGCUAGUAAUAGUGGUAAGUACUUAGUAUAGGGUAAGGUAGAGCAGGAUAAAAUACAGUAGGAGGACAGAGUACGGUAGGGUAGGGUAGGGUAGGGUAGGGUAGAGUUGGGUAGGGUAGGGUAGGGUAGGGUAGGGUGGGGUAAGGUAUUGUAGGAUAAAGUAGGGUAGGGUAAGGUAGGGUAGGUAAAGUAGGGUAGGGUAAAGUAGGGUAGGGUAGGGUAAAGUAGGGUAGGGUAAGGUAAAGUAGGGUAGGUAAUAGUAUCGUACUAUACUAUCUCUUCCAGAUGACUGGAGUAUCUUCAUGGGUAACGCGGUAAAAUGUGGUCUCGGCGUAGCAUCGGUAGCCUUUGACGUGCUCUUCAUGGUACAGCAUUUCUGUCUCUUCAAGAACAGUCACAAGAUCAAUAUCAGUGUGAUUGAUCAAGCUGAAGUUAAAAAGCAGCAGAAAGUUUAA